UACCACCCCCUACAGCAAAGAGCAGGACGAGAGAGCUGCCGCCCUUCUGCGUGAGUAGAAAGAGAAGAUGGAGAAUAGGGAACUAAUCAGACAGGCUAAGAUGUUGGCGCUGCUGGAGGAGCAGGAAGCAAAGAAGCGGCAGAUGGAGGAGGAGAUGGAAAGAUGGAAGGAGCAGGAGGAGAAGAUGGCAGCUAUUCAGGCGGAAGAAGAAAAAGAAAAAGAAGAGGUGGAGGAGGAAGAAGAAAGACCGCUAGAGAGGAGAAGAGGAGGAGGAAGCACAAGUAAAGACGCGGAGAUUGUGGAAAGAGCGCAGGAAUGGGCCGCACAUUUGGAGUUAGGGGAAGACCAAGAGGCUAAGAUGGCUGUACCCGAGGAAGAAAGAGAAGCAGCCAGGAGGCAAAUUGAAGCAGAGAGGGACCCAGUAAAGAGAGUGGCGAAGGAGGAGGAACAGCGGAUGGCGUCGAGAUACCGGUUAUCCCAAGAAAGGGUCAGGCGAUUGGAAGCGGCAGAGAGGGCGGACAAGGACCUAAGAGCGGUGGAAGUUAGAAUGGGGAAGAUCCGAGCGGAGACUGAGCUAGCAACCAAGCUAGAUACGCUGAUCCAAAGUGUAGAGGCUUUAUUAGUCGCACAGCGGGAACAAAUGCAGUACGAACGCAGUCAAGACAUAAAGAUAGACGCGAUACGUGCGGGGUUCAAGGACUUCACGUGCGACAUGAUGAACCACCUACUGACCGAAGAGCACAUUGCGAUUAAUAGGAACCGAGAGUUUUGUACUGGCGCCAUUGAAGGCGCCAAGCUAGCGGCCCCUAAGAAGAGGAGCCGGCCCCACCACGUCGCGAGAAAGUCAAGGUUCGUCGUAGUUUACCUAGACGAUAUCCUAGUGUUCAGCAAGACCCUUGAGGAACAUGAGGGCCAUCUACGACAGAUUCUAAGUAAGCUCAGAGAGUCUAACUUUAAGAUUAACCCGAAGAAGUGCGAAUGGGCCAAGACACAGGUCCUUUACCUAGGCCAUGUACUAGACGACGAUGGCAUUGGACCUGAGGACAACAAGAUAGCAUCCAUCAGAGAUUGGCCAACUCCUAAGACACUAACAGAGUUGCGUUCUUUCUUAGGACUGGCUAACUACUACAGGAAGUUUGUGAGGAACUUCUCUACGAUCGCUGCUCCCCUUCGUAGGCUAUUGAAGAAAGAAGCUAUCUGGAAGUGGGAUCAGGAUUGUACGUCAGACUUCAAAAAAUUGAAGAAUGCUUUGAUAGAGUACCCUGUCCUCAAAGUUGUCGAUCCAUCAUUGCCGUUUGCUGUUACUACAGACGCGAGUCAAUAUGGCAUAGGUGUCGUUAUGUAGCAAGAUGACGACAACGGAUAAAGGCCCGUAGAGUUC